AUGUGCUCUAGGUAUUCUAUACAAGGACCUGAAGCGAGCACGAGCAGCACGAGGCCACCGGAUAACCUGCUCUGGUCCUCGAUUGAGCUGUCUGCCAGACUAGUUACCGGUCAAGGAGUUGAGAGUACAUUGGAUGCAACACCAGUUAUCGAUUCGAUUAUGACAGCGUACGGGGAUUCCAAGGUCAAUAAUGUCCUGCCUGUACUGUUCAUGACUUUACAUGUCUUCAGGAAAUUCAGCAUGCGGUCGAAAUUGCGAAGUGAAGCAGAUUGCGCGAUGGGGAUGGUUGGCCCGAUCCUGGAGGAGGUUCUUCAGAUCCAGCACGAAAUCAAGUUUACAAGUGCCAAGUUCACUACUGGCCAUGGCCAAGAGCAGAAGCAAGAGUUUGGACUGCGUGCCUCAUCCCAGCAGCCAGAUAUUGUUGGCUACACUCCAGGUGGCAAAGAGGUUUACUUCGGCGAGCUGAAAGGCGUCCAUGCAACAAAACAAGAUGUGAAUAUGGACAUCUUACGGUUGGCAAUGUUUGCCAAGGAUGCCCUGGACUACCUUCGUUGCUGCUUGGUAAAGAACCCUCGCCUGAUUACCUUCCCGACCAAGGGUAAGGCAGUGGCGUUUUACCUUGCCAGCAAGCAAGGGAAUGCUAUUGUCCAUACCCGCGUCUCAUCAGUCCAGCUUCCAUCGAACCUGACUGGAUUGUGCCUCAAUUUGGAGUUGUUUUUUUCGCUUAUCCAAGUUCAGACGCUCCUUGAGACCACCAGGGAGUAUCACAAGAAUAGACGGGGAAAGAGACUACAGGACAACUGCCCAUUUCCCGCCCUCGGCACACCUGAGCGUCUUUGUGCCAUGAAGUGCUACUCCAAGGUAGCAAGAAGUCUUUGA